AGCGAAGCGAGUGCAUUAAGUUCACAAAGUUCAAUAAUCGGCUACUUAAGUCCCGCGUAACGUACACUAUUUUAUAGUACAAGUGACCUAAAUUCACUCUUCAAAUCAAAAAACUUCAAAUUAAUUAAAAAUUUAUUAAUUAUAAAGACAAAAAUAAUGUCAGAGCAAGCAAAGCAGUAACGCUUUGUCUUUCUUUUUUUUUUUCUCUUUCUGUUAACGAUUGACCAAAGACGACUGUCUAUAGCUGUCAUAAUAUUUAUGUUUAAGUUUAUCAUUUUUAUCAUUUCUAAUGCAUUAAAAUAUUAAUUAAAAUUAAGUAACAUUAGAUUUGUUGCCUGCAAAAUCUAAAAAACUUUAUGUGGCACGUUACAAUUUGUUUAAAAAGUGGUGUAAAGGAAAAACUAAUUCGUUUUGUGAGGACGUUUUAUUAGCCUAUUUUGCUCAUCUGUCGGAAAGCUAUGCACCUUCUAGUUUAUGGGCUACUUAUUCUAUGUUAAAAUGUACUAUAAAUACAUUAAAUAAAAUAGAUAUCGGGCAGUAUAAACAGUUAACGUUGUUUCUAAAAAAAAAUCUACAGGACAUCGAUCAAAAAAAUCCCUAGUUUUUUCUAAAGAAAAUGUGAAUAAGUUUUUAAAUAAAGCACCCGAUGAAGUUUAUUUAGGCUACAAGGCAGUUUUAAUUUUUGGAAUAGCUGGUGCACUCAGACGAGCAGAAUUUAUAAACUUAACGGUCGAUGAUGUUAAGAAUUUGGAUGAGUCUGUGCUGUAUAUUAAAAUUGAUGAAACUAAAAAUAAUGUACCAAGGUCAUUCACGAUAACAGGAGAGUUUUAUAAUAUUUGUAUAAAGUAUAUGCAAUGCAGACCAAAAGUAAAUACAACUAAAAGAUUCUUCUUAAAAUAUACAAAUAGUAAAUGUGUCAACCAACCAAUUGGAGUUAAUAAAAUCCCUAAAAUAGCAAAAGAAAUAGCUGCCUAUCUAAACUUGCCGAAUCCUGAAGGGUUUACCGGUCACGCCAUCCGCAAAACUUCUGCGACGUUAUUAGUUGAUGCUGGUGCAGAUUUAACUACGCUCCAAAGACAUGGUGGAUGGAAAUCUAGUGGAGUUGCUUUUGGAUACGUUGCUGACUCUUUAAAUAAUAAAAAAAAAAUUUGUGAGCAGAUUAGCGAUGGAAUUAAAUUAAAUAACCGAGUCAAUCAUCCAAUUCCUACUUCUAGCUCAGUGACGAAUCCAGAAAUUACAACAGUAUCGGAACAAACUCCAUCUACUCGUCCAUGUUCAAGUUCAUCAAAUGCAGAAAAUGAAGACACCUUAGGACAAAAAUUAAAGUCUUAACCUCAAGAUUUAUUUCAAAAGGACCAAAUGCGCAAGGAGAUUCGCUUUGAAGAAAUUUUCUACGAUCCAGUUGUUGGUUUGUAUGUUGAGGAUUCAGCGAACAUGGAUACAAAACCACCUUAUGUUUUUAAUAAUUGUACAAUUACUUUUCAUGGAAAUAAUAGUAAUUGUAUUUUUAAUUAUUGUACUGUGAAAAAUGCAGCUCAGUCUAAAAUUGUAUAAAAAUUUAAAUAAUU